CUCUCUGUCUUGGUAUGGCCGGAGAACGACGACAUGGUCGGGAACCGGCCGGAACGUUCCGAAAUAUCGGAAAUUUGGUAUGAUCCUUACGCCACGUUCCCCGACGGUUGAGGCUCCCAAAGAGACGCCACGCAAGGCCUCCACGAUUGCCUUGGGGAGAUUGGAAUGGCUUUUUCUUUUUCUCUUCCUGGAAUUUUACCUUUCUUUUUUUCUCAUUUUUUCCGAAUAGCCUUUUCAUUUCGAGUGAUUCGACUGCUUUCCUUGACAACCAUUCUUUUUCUCUUUUUGCUUCUUUGCUCUUGUUACCUCCCCUUCUUUCUACAUUUUUUAUAAAGUACCCCUUUGAUUACCUUUGCCUUCUUUAGUUGCCUUCUUAAUUUGAGAAUAAACCGUCUACUUUAUAGGAGAUGUGUAUAUGAAGACAUCUGCAAGUAUGGCUCGUAGACCAGCAUGUGUGGUUCUGCAGAUGCCAGAUGGCAUUGUAAAUGUAAACCAAUUUCUUGGUGGUUGUGUAUUUGGAGUCCAAUUUUGUCUCUGUGUUUCUAUUCAGCUUAUUCUGCUAAUUGCUGAUCAGUUCGUCCAUCGAGUGGUUUAUGGAUUCUUAUAGUGAUCACCAUUACAUGGCUGCUGAAGGCUUGCCUUUUUAAUCGGUACCCCCAUUCUAAUGCAUGACUGAAAUGUUGGAGAGCUUUACGGAAAUGGAUCCUUUGGCAGAGAACGGUUUGCUUUCGGGAAUGUCGAAGGAAGUACUCGAAAGGAACGCUAAAAGUGAGACAACUGCCAUCAGGAUAUCAAAUAUUGCAAAUAUGGUCCUUCUAGCUGCAAAAGUUUAUGCAUCAGUAAAAAGCGGAUCGCUAGUCAUAAUAGCCUCUACUUUAGAUUCUCUGCUAGAUCUUUUGUCAGGUUUCAUUCUGUGGUAUACUGCGUUUUCGAUGCAAAAACCAAAUCCUUAUCAAUAUCCUAUUGGAAAGACGAGGAUGCAGCCAGUGGGUAUCUUAGUCUUCGCUUCAGUGAUGGCAACUUUGAGUUUGCAAAUAAUUUUGGAGUCAGUUCGUUCCCUCCUAUCACAUGUAAAUGAGAAAGUGUUUGCGAUGACUAAGGAGCAGGAAGAAUGGAUAAUUGGCAUCAUGAUCUCCGUGACCAUAGUGAGGUUUUUUCUCGUUGUGUACUGCCGUUCGUUCCAUAAUGAGAUCAUUAAGGCUUAUGCAAAGGAUCAUUUGUUUGAUGUCGUCUCGAGUAUGGUUGGUCUCGUUGCUGCCCUUCUGGCUAAUUCCAUAAACCACUGGAUUGAUCCGGUCGGUGCUAUUCUGCUAGCGCUGUACACGAUCCGGACAUGGUCCGUCACUGUGUUCGAGAACGUCAACUCCUUGGUGGGCCGUUCAGCUGAACCAGAGUAUCUGCAGAAGCUCACUUACCUGUGCUGGAAUCAUCACAAAGCCAUCAAGCACAUCGACACCGUCCGCGCCUACACAUUCGGCUCCAGCUACUUUGUGGAGGUGGACAUAGUUCUGCCUGCGGACAUGCUUCUGCGGGAGGCCCAUGACAUAGGCGAGGAGCUGCAGGAGAAGCUUGAGCAGCUCCCUGACAUCGAGAGAGCCUUUGUGCACCUCGACUACGAGUACACACACAAGCCUGAACAUGCUAAAGCCCUUAACGUGUGAGCGAAGAGCACGCCCAGCUAGUGACUGUGGGCAAGGCAAGAGCGUGUUUCGGUGUUUGUUUAGUUAACUUCAGCAACUCAAUCAUGGUGUAUCUUGAAUGUGUUGCAUACAUUGAAGGCUUCAAGUCUUUAAUAAAAUGGCGUCUCCAGGUUUCGAAUGUGAAAUCAGUUGAUGUCCAGGAUGGUGGAACGUGUUUUGUGAAUAGCCCACGAUCAUGUGGCUUCUGUAAGUCGUCUUUAGUGUGUUAAAGAGGCUGUAGCAUUCAGUGUGGCUCUAAGCUUUGAGUCCGUAAACUCUAAACAGGAUGAUGUACUAACAGACAACAACUCAUGAAAUGGAUUUGAACUUUGUGAGGUUUAAGAGAAG